ACACUGUUUUAGUAGUGAUCAAAUCUCUCUGUCUUUCCAUGUGUUCAACUAUAAUUGCCAUAAGCGGCCAAUCUGGUAAGCAUUUCACUUUACACAAAGAUGCCCUUUUGAUCUUUCCCUCUGACACCUUCUUACAAAUACAUAACAUGCAAUAUGAUAUAAGAGAUUUGGUUUCAAAUACUUAAAUUUUGUGAACUCAAGUUUAAUCCAUAUGCUCUAAGGUUAAAUAUAGUAAACUUGGAGCAAGCUUCAUGCAACCAUAGUCAGUUUCAUACAAUGUACAGUCAGUUCCUAGUUAAGAAAAAAGAACAGUGGAAAAAGACAAAAUAUAACACAAGACAAGCAAACAAUUGCAGACAGAUAGAUAAGGUAGAUUUGCAUGGUAUUUAAAUGCUUUAAUCUAAAUUACAUUGACUAAUGUAAAGUGUGAAGAAACUAGAAGAAAAUUGUGGCGUAUCCUGGCUUAUCAGGAUAGUUGGGCCAAUACCCUUAACUUGAAUCUGGUAUCUACUUCAAUAGAGGCAACCUCUGCUGCUUGUCUUCUCUACUACAGAAGCAUCAUUGAGUAAAUAAAAGAAAGAGUAUCAUGCUAUUGUCACUUUAGAAGAAGCUUUUAGUUUCAGAAUGAGUUGUUGCUUUUAAUUUUGAUUACAAGAUUGUUGUUUUAGAAGAAUUCCAAGACCCAAAAGUAAUUGGAAUUUCUCCCACAAAGACUUUGGUGGAUAUAUAUUUCUUCAGUGUUUGGAUUCAUUAAACUUUCACAGUGAUUCCAAUAAUACUCUUCUCUCUCAACAACUUUGGCUUUCACAAAUGUCUUCUAACGCCAUCGUCCAAUACAGGACUUCUUCAUCUCAUGCAAUUCAAACAUAUGAUGUAUUUGUGAGCUUCCGCGGUGAAGACACGCGCAACAACUUCACUGGUUUUCUGUUUGAAGCUCUCCGUAGAAAAGGCAUCGAUGCCUUCAAAGAUGAUGAAGAUCUCAAAAAAGGUGAAUCCAUAGCACCCGAGCUCCUCCAUGCCAUUCAAGGCUCUCGACUUUUUAUUGUUGUCUUCUCAAAGAACUAUGCUUCCUCCACCUGGUGCUUGCGUGAACUGGCAGAGAUACGUAACUGCGUUGAAACUUCACCAAGACGUGUUAUACCUGUCUUUUAUGACGUUGAUCCUUCGGUUGUGCGCAAGCAAAGUGAAUGUUAUGAGAAAGCAUUUGCUGAAUACGAAAAGAGAUUCAGAGACGACCAAGCGAAGAUGGAGGAAGCUCAGAGAUGGAGAGAAACUCUCACAAAAAUGGCCAAUCUCUCUGGUUGGGAUAUCCAAAAUAAGCCACAAUAUGUACAAAUUGAAGAAAUUGUUCAAAACGUAACAAAUAUUUUGGGUCCCAAAAUUUGUAGUCUUCAAAAGGAUGAACUAGUUGGGAUAGAGUAUGGACUUGAAAACUUAGCAAAUCUUGUAUGUUACGAAUCAGUUAAUAAUGUUCAAGUUGUUGGAAUCAGUGGGAUGGGUGGCAUAGGAAAGACUACUCUUGUUCGAGCUUUAUACGAAAGAAUCUAUCAUCAAUAUGAUUUUCAUUGUUUUAUUGAUGAUGUAAGUAAAAUAUAUCGAGAUUCAAGUUCACUAGGUGUACAAAAGCAGUUGAUUUCUCAGUCUUUAAAUGAAAAAUAUCUAGAGAUUUCAAACUCUUUUGAGGGAACAUGUUUGAUGUGGUCUAGGCUGCACAAUGUUAGGGCACUUGUAGUUCUGGACAAUGUUGAUGAAGUUGAACAACUAAAGAUGUUUACAGGGAACAGAGACACUUUGUUGCAUGAAUGCUUAGGUGGAGGGAGCAUAAUCAUCAUAGUUUCUAGAGAUGAACAUAUAUUGAGGACACAUGGAGUAGAUGACAUUUAUCGAGUCCCUCCAUUGAAUAACGAAAAUGCUAUGCAACUGUUAUGUAGAAAGGCUUUCAAACUUAAUUAUAUUUUGAGUGAUUAUGAAAGGCUGGCAUUUGAUGUGGUAUCUCAUGCUCAGGGCCAUCCCUUGGCAAUUGAAGUAAUUGGGUCAUCUUUGUUUGGUCGAAAUGUGUCACAGUGGAAAAGUGCAGUGGCCAGGCUAAAAGGAAUAAAAAAUAAAAAUAUUAUGGAUGUUUUGCGUAUAAGUUUUGAUCAACUGGAUGAAGAAGACAAAGAAAUAUUUUUGGAUAUUGCAUGUGCCCUUUGCAAGCAUGACGAGAAAUAUGUGAAGGAAGUUCUAAACUUUCGUGGAUUUCAUCCUGAAUACAGUCUACAAGUUCUGCAUGACAAAUCACUAAUAAUAAAAGAGGAUGGGCAUAUUUAUAUGCAUAGGUUAUUGAAUGACUUGGGUAGGUGUAUUGUCAAAGAAGAAUCACAUAAGGAACCCCUAAAGAGGAGUAGGUUGUGCGAUUACCAAGAUUUCCACAAAGCAAUGUCAAACAAUCAGACAACUGAAAUUCUUGAAGUCGUAGCUGUUGAUUUACAAUGGAGUUCUAAACCUAUGAGGGUAAAUGGUCUAUCGAAAAUUAGACACCUUAAGUUGCUUAGACUUGAGAACACGCUUCUAUGUUCGGACGUGAACUUUUCAGGAAGUCUUAGUCAUCUUUCCAAUGAACUAGGAUAUCUUACUUGGUAUAAAUAUCCUUUUGAGUGUUUGCCUCAAAGUUUUCAGCCACACAAACUAGUUGAGUUAAAAUUGAGAUACAGCAGUAUUCGACGAUUAUGGAGUGACACAAAGGUGCUACCUAAUUUGAAGCGUUUGUAUCUCUCUAACUCCAAAAAAUUAGUUGAGAUGCCAGAUGUUGCAGAGGCCCUAAAUCUUGAAGAGAUAGAUCUUGAAGGAUGCAUACAGCUCCGAAAACUCAGUCCAUCGAUUGGUUUUCUAAGGAAGCUUACUAUUUUGAAUUUGGAAAACUGUAAAAACUUAGUAAGCUUACCCAAUAGCAUAUUGGGCUUGAAAUCUCUUGAAUAUCUGAAUGUCUCUGGUUGUUCAAACCUGUUUAAUAAUGAGUUAUUAGAUCAAGCAAGGAACACAGAGCAUUUGGAGAAGCUUUGUUUAGUUAAAGGUCUUAUUCAUUCCCACUCAACAUCCCCUUCAAUCAAAAAAAUGCUUUGGUGGACUUUAGAUUUGUUGUAUUCAAGAGCACAAAGAGAGUUACCCUCCUCUCCUACUCUCCCUUGUUUGCGUGAACUCGAUCUAAGAUUUUGUAACUUAGUUACAAUCCCUGAUGCCAUUGGAAAGUUACGUUGCUUAGAAAAGUUAAAUUUGAAGGGAAACAAUUUUGUUAUAUUGCCAAACCUCAGGAACCUUUUCAGACUGUAUUAUUUAAACUUACAACAUUGCAAGCAUUUGAAAUACUUGCCUGACCUCCCUUCACGAAUUCACUUGCCCUUAAAAGUUUACGAGAUUUCGAGAGAAUAUUUUGCAUCUGUAUAUAUUAUUACACUAGAGGAGGAUGAAGAAAAGGCAGGAUUACUUAUUUUCAACUGCCCAGAAAUAGUUAAGAGGAAACGGUGCACAAGCAUGAGUGUUUUAUGGAUGUUACAAAUUGUUCAGGUGUGCAUCUUUCUUCUUUACCCCUUUCCUUCUUUUAAUCUCUUUUGGUGUUGGAAAACAAUUACUAACAUAUAACUCUUUCGUUGUACAAGGCGAAAUGUCUUACAUUCACUUUAUUCCGCCGAAGUGUUGAAAGUAUUAUCCCUAGAAGUGAAAUACCAAUGUGGUUCAACAAUCAGCUUGUGAGCAUGGACAAUUCAAUAAUCAUAGAUGGCUCUCCUAUUAUGCAUGAUAAUAAUUGGGUUGGUGUUGUGUGUUGUAUAAUAUUCAGUGUAGGUAUUUCAGGUAAACUGAAUUUUCCAAGAACAUG